AUGGCUGCUCCUGAUGCUACUUCCGAUAUUGACACCGCUUCGCCAGUGGUUCCUUACCCUUCACCAGUUGAAGACGUGCACCGUGAGGAUUUAUCUACAGCCGAGUCCUCCUUCACACCUACUGGAUCCUCCACCGAGCCUCCUUCCUCCUCGUCUUUGACGGUUCACCCUUCCCCGCCGAGUUCUGCUGUUGACACAUCCCCCAGCCUGCUGCCUACUUGUCUUCACCUGCGCAGCCUCCUCUCCGCCGUGGCGACCGGGUGCGACGUCCCUCCACUCGCCUGA